GGGAAGGGCCUGGGCAAGGGCGGCGCCAAGCGCCACCGCAAGGUGCUGCGCGACAACAUCCAGGGCAUCACCAAGCCCGCCAUCCGGCGGCUGGCCCGGCGCGGCGGCGUCAAGCGCAUCUCCGGCCUCAUCUACGAGGAGACCCGCGGGGUGCUCAAGGUGUUCCUGGAGAACGUGAUCCGGGACGCCGUCACUUACACGGAGCACGCCAAGCGCAAGACGGUCACGGCCAUGGACGUGGUUUACGCGCUCAAGCGCCAGGGCCGCACCCUCUACGGCUUCGGCGGCUAAACUCUCAUUCCCACUUUAUUUCACUAAAGGCCCUUUUCAGGGCCGCC